GAGCAGAUCAUUCAAGAUGCGAUGCCAUUUUGAAGGCAAUCUGCUGACAAGAGCGCUCCCUCCACUGCUGGUGACCGAGAUCAUCUUGGGAAUCCUCGGCAAUGGUCUGGCUCUCUGGAUCUUCUGCCUCCACCUGAAGCCAUGGAAGAGCAGCACGGUGUUACUCUUCAACCUGGCAGUGGCUGAUUUUCUGCUCAUCAUGGCUUUGCCUUUGCGUGUCAGCUACUACAUGUCCGGGCUCAACUGGGCGUUUGGACCCACUCUUUGCAACAUCUGCCUCUUCAUGUUGGCUAUGAACCGCGGUGGAAGCAUAUUGUUCUUGAUGGCCAUCGCUGUGGACAGGUACAUGCGUGUGGUGCAUCCCCAUCAUCCCAUCAACUCUCUGAGCAUCUCCAAAGCCAUGUUUGGAGUACUGGCAAUAUGGCUCUUCACCAUUUCAAUGAACGCUCACAUUUUCACUCUACAACAUGACAACACGACCCACUGCGAAAGCUUUGUGAUCUACACCGACACUGGCCAUAAUCUGAACUGGCACAAGUUUGUGUUUCUUUUCUCCUUCUACUUGCCUUUGACCGCGAUUCUCUACUGCACUUUCCACAUUAUCAUCCACCUGAGAGGGAGACAGCUGGCCCAGCACGCAAAGAUCAAGAAAGCUCUGUGCUUCAUCACAAUCGUGGUGGUGGUCUUCAUCGUUUGCUUCCUCCCGAGCAACAUCGCACUGCUCCUCAUUUGGAUCAAGAAUCAGCAGGCGGUCAGCACCCAACCACAAUCUAAAGUCUGCGCUGCCAUGGAUGAACUGACCUGUGCGUUUUUCAUCGCCAUUAGCCUCACCUAUCUGAAUAGCGUGCUGGAUCCUGUGGUCUACUACUUCUCCAUCCCUGCCUUCCAGAACUUCUGCCGGAGAACGCUUCAUCUGCCUCCAGCAGAGCUGACUCAAAGUACAGAUAGGAAAACCAGAGAAACAGGCUCGCAGUCGCUCAGCCAGCUGUGAUCAGAGAGCCAAAAAAUGUUAUCAAGUAUAUGUUGACUGCACUUUUUUCAUAUCUGUACCGUACAUGCAAGCAUAAAUCUAUGCAAUUCUGAGUUACAGAACACAAAGCUUUAUUUGUUACUGUAUAAAAUAUAAGCUAUGUAAUAUUGGAACAUUAGCAAGAACGGAGAAGUAUCAUUAUAUCAGCCAAGUGAAAAUAUGGUUAUUUUGAGUUCACUGUUUCUUCACAGCACUUUCAAAAAUAAACGUUUCCUUCAAGUUA